AUGGGAAGGGAUAUAGAGUGCAAGAUGAAUCAUUUAACUGUGCUAUUGAUCUCGCCAGCUAUUAUACCAUUAGAUGUAGCCGUUAUUGAUGUACCCGACCGGAGGGUAUUUAUUUUGAGCAAUGAAACAGAAAUGAUACCGUUGAAGCAUAAUGGAUUGAUAGUACUGGAUCCAGACAGACGCACUCAUACUAUAAUCGUCUAUGAACCAGAGAUUUAUUUACGUUUUGUGCAAUGUAUCGAAGUAUCUUCAUGUUCAGCAUUCUUAAAACCAGAAACGAUGAAACGUAUUUCGGACGAUUUUUGUUGGGCCUUUUUGGGUGAUCACUUCAGCAUACCUGAAAAUAUGCCUCAAAAAGCACGAAUUUGGAUGCAAUUUAUGCAAAUUUUAUCGGGAACAAAAGUACCACCUCUCAGUGAUGGCUACAUUUCUAUAUAUGAUCAACUUGAAAACAGUGAUAGUCAUCAAAUUAUCUCUUCUAAUUCAUUUGAAUUAACUUUCACUGGCAACUAUUAG